AUGCACAUAUCAAAAGGUUUCAGUAAACUUAAUUUAGAAUCGAUAGCACCGGAUUUAAACUUGCCGUUCCCUCAUAACAAUAGCAACAACAACACCAACGGCUAUGCACAACCAAAGCCAAACAAGCCCAACAAACCGAUACCCGUGGCAUUUGCUGCCAACAAUACUGCACUGGGUGGAAUAGGCACGGACGAGUUGGACGAGACUCCACCACCCUCCGUAUUGAAGUGUAUUGAUUAUGACUAUUUGGAGAAACACCUUGAAAUUUACAGAUACUACCCGUCAUAUUUCCACAAUGAUGGGAUAACAACUCCUGAAUUGAAAGACUUGAUUAUUGACAAACCUAUCUACAAUGAAGCUAAUAAGCAUGUUAAGCGGAAAAAGAGGAAAUCUACAAAACUGAAAUUGAGGGAAAAGAAUGAGACAGAAGAUGCAACUGUGAGCCAUCACACCAACCCAUUACAAGAGGCAAGACAAUUGAGAAAGGAACACCGGGAGGAGAGAAGGGAGUUGAGAAAAGAGCAAAGAGACGAAAGAAAACAGUUGAAGCAAUCGCAAAAGCAGCAACUGCAACUGCAACUGCAACUGCAACUGCAACCGAUGAAAAAGAGCUAUUCGGGCCAUUAUAUGAACAAGGUCAAUAACUUGAGUUGUGCAAAUGGCGGAAGUCAAGAUGUUGGGUCUACUCAAGGCUACAAUCCAUACCAAUCAAAGACACAAUUUCGUGAGAACAGCAACAACAACAACAAUGCCACCAAGAACACUGGAGACGAGUACUAUUGGAACAGAAAUCAACCAAUGUCCAGAACCAAUUCACAAUUCAGUUACGGUGGCAGCAGCCACAACAACUACGACUUCAAUAUGAAAAAGAUUGAUUCUUCAUCCACAUCUUCAGACGAGGGUCCAGAUUGUGCAGAGCUAGAUCCUAUUGGAAUGGCAAUGGCAGAAAGUGGUAAAAGCGGUAAUGGUGGCCCUGGUGGCUACGAUUCAGAACGAACCGAAGUAGAGGAUGAGUAUAACCCCAUUGCAUUUAAUAACCCAUUUGAUUUUGGUAAAAAAUUAUCUGGUGUUGGUAGCACCAUGAAGGAAGAAGGAGGGAUUGCCCCCGUGUCAUCAGCCAUGAUGUCGAAUUCGUCAUCGUACAACAACUAUAGCAACGGACCCACAAAGACUCAUCAAAAUUCACUAUUUAGCAACCCACAAUACUCCUACUUGUACAGUUCAAGAAACAACUCUAGGAACAAUUCCGUUACCGGCCCAACAACUGGCUUGCCUGAAAACCAUCCAGUUCCAGUUGCUGUUCCACAAAGAAGGAACUCGUCAGUUACAUUAAUCAAUAGCAGUCAAAAUUCAUCUCAGAACAGGAACAACACUACCGCCAACAACAACAACAACGACAGCAACAACAACAACAACAACAACAACAACAAUCGGAACAGCAUUUCUUAUGGUUCACAUACUAUAUCACAACCCAAGAGAAACAAUUCCAUUGCUAGUAAAUUCAUGAGCAUGUUCAAGAGUGAUAGUGAGGAUUCCAAUGAUCUGUCCAAUGGUAACCAUCACCACCAAAACUAUCAUGACGAUGACGAGUUUAUGGAAAUUGAUGAGAAUGCAAGUGAUGGUGCUACGACCAUGAUGCGGAAAGGAUCAAGUAAAUUGCUGCACAAGAUAAACAAUAAUACCAGUAUGUCAAGAAGACAAAGUAUAUUGGGGCAAGCGCAAGCACAAUCUACUUUACACGGAGAAGAGUCUAUUCACAAGCCAAAGACCGGUCCAUUAGCCGCACUGGGUAAUGUAUUCGCGGGGGCCCAUCCAAUGGCUAAAUCGAGCAGUUUUGAUCAAACGAAAUCACAACGAACAAAGUUGAAAAACAAGUUGAAAAUGAAGUUUUCUAAUGAACUGAGAAGGUUUAGCGAACAAUUUGGUAUGUAUACAUUUGGAAACUAG